GACGUUUCAUUUCGCUACAGCAGUGACUGAUGCAUGCAUACUGCAAUAAAUUAUUGUGUUAUAAUGUUCACAGACGAAAUGUUUCAGAAUAAGUAAAUUAUGUUACAUAUAAUAUAACCCCUGUCAAUUUCUUCUAUAUAGAAAGUAAACAAACUAAGAAACCGCCUUCAAUAUUGUUGCACCGGUCAGUAGACAACGCAAACAAUGUUUUGGCAAAUUUUCACCUUAGUAGUGAUUCUACCAGGCCUUUUUCUGGGAGUCCUAUUAUUUGGCGCAUUCGUUGUAGUGCCAUGCGCCUUUAUAUUUGCAUCAUGGUACAUGAGGAUAAAGGAGAGGAAACUGCAGCGAAGAAGAAGGGAUGGUGCUAAUGUGGCUUUCUUCCACCCCUAUUGUAAUGCCGGUGGUGGCGGAGAGAGGGUGCUAUGGGUAGCUAUUAAGGCAAUUUUAACUAGGUACCCUGACUCUCAUAUUUUCGUAUAUACCCUAGAAACCGCUGAGCCCAAAACGAUUCUUGAUAAAGCCCAAAAUCAGUUCAAUGUAAAGGUAGAGCCAGAACAAGUGCAAUUUGUAAGGCUGACUAUGGGAAAGGCGAUUGAAGCUAAGACAUACCCAUACUUUACGUUAUUGUUGCAAAGUUUAGGCUCCAUGGUUUUGGGCAUGGAGGCAUUGAUGAAAUUGAAUCCAGAUGUAUACAUAGACACAAUGGGGUGCGCGUUCACCUACCCCAUAUUCCGUUUCAUGGCACAGUGCCCAGUCGGCUGCUACACCCACUAUCCCACAAUCACGUCAGCUAUGAUGCGGCGGGUCAAACAUCGUCUCACCUCAUACAAUAAUUCUAGCGUUAUCGCACGCAAUCCGAUACUGACUUGGUGUAAAUUGUUGUAUUAUCGGAUGUUUGGAUGGCUUUAUAGUUUAGUUGGUCGUUGUGCAGAUAUAGUGAUGGUGAAUGGAACCUGGACGGAAGAACACAUAAAUGAACUGUGGGGGAGGCCCUUGAACACCCACCGAGUCUACCCGCCGUGCGAAGUGACGGAACUAAAGAAACUCAGGUCGUUAGUCAAGGAGUCCGAUCCGAUCCGGAUAUUGUCGGUUGCGCAGUUCCGACCGGAGAAAGACCACCCGCUGAUGCUGCAGGCCAUGUACGAGCUGAGGAACCUGCUCAUCAACGAUGAGAUGCUGUGGAAUAAGAUAAAACUGGUACUAGUCGGCUCAUGCAGAAACGCGGAAGACGAAGAAAGAGUCCAGAACCUACGGGACCUGGCCAAGCACCUGUCGAUCGAGGACAACGUGCAGUUCGUCGUGAACGCGUCGUACGCACAGCUGCUGCAGCUAUAUCAGACGAGUACACUGGCUAUACACGCUAUGUGGAAUGAGCACUUUGGCAUCAGCGUGGUGGAGUGCAUGGCGGCGGGGCUGCCGACGGUGGCGCACCGGUCGGGCGGGCCGCUGCACGACAUCGUGGGCGACGCGGCCGGCGGCGCGCUGCUCGCGGCCGAGCCGGCGCAGUACGCGCGCCAGCUGCUGCACCUGCUGAGCGUGCCCAGGGAGCGGCGCGCUCAGAUCGUGGACGAGCUGCGUGCGUCUGUGGAUCGCUUUUCAGUAAAGGAGUUCGAAAAAUCAUUUAUAAGAGCAGUGGAGCCACUAAUGAGGAUAGAAUAAGCAUUUUAUUAUCUUAUACUUAAAUUAAGUACAAUUCCAUUAAUGUUAAGUUGGAAUAAAUAUAACAUACCAAAG